AUGCAAAUGCCAAGAAAUAAAGACAGAAAAAUUGGAAAACACAAAAAAGACGAUAUGAUGUCAGCAUUACUAAUGAUGGAAAAUAGUAGCUCCAUUAGGACGGCGGCAAAAACCAGUAAAAUUCCCUACCCUACAUUGCGCCGUUACGUUAAAAAAAACGUGAACAUGGUAAUAAUAUAUCACUUAAACCGAGGUAUGAUAUUAAUAGUGUUUACUGAAGAACACGAACAAAUAAUAUUAAAAUACUACAAAGACUGUGCACUAAUGUUCUACGGUUUGACCAUCAAAGAAUGUAGGAAGGUGGCGUACGAAAUGGCAAAGGUUAAUGGCAUUACAAUACCAAGCUCGUGGGAAAGGGAUAAAAUGUCAGGUUUGGAAUGGUUUCGUUUCUUUAAAAAAAGAGCUCCUGAUUUUUCAUUAAAGAAACCAGAAGCUGUAAGUUUCGCACGAGCUACCGCAUUCAAACGGGAAGCUGUGGCAACAUUUUUUAAUAAUUUGGAGGAAUUGCUAAAACGAGAGCCUAGAUUCGUGGAUGGAACUCGGAUAUUUAAUCUUGACGAAACCGCCACAACAACCGUCCAGAAACCACAGAGAGUUGUGGCUCCAACAAGAGCUAAAGUAGGUAAGAUGACAAGCGGAGAAAAAGGCACUCUUGUCACUACAUGCUGUAUGGUUAGUGCCACAGGUCAUGCCCUGCCCCCUGCUUUAAUAUUUCCUCGGAAAAACUUUAAAAACUUAAUGAUGCACGGUGCACCUCCAAGUAGUUUAGGUCUUGCGAGUCCUUCAGGUUGGAUGACUAGUGACUUAUUCGUGGAGGUAAUGAAACAUUUCAUUAAGUGUUCAAGCACGACACCAGAAAAUCCAUCUCUGCUGAUAAUGGAUAAUCAUGAGUCACAUUUGUCCAUUGAGGCUCUAGACUUAGCGAAAAAAUCGGGUGUUGCAGUUCUUACCUUUCAUCCUCACACUACUAACAAAUUACAACCCAUAGAUGUAGGUUUGAUAGGCCCUUUAAAGACAUAUUAUUAUUCCGCACUUGAGUCAUGGAUGCUGCAAAACCCAGGAAGACCAGUUACAAUCUACGAAAUAGCAAGAUUUAUUGGUCAUGCUUAUCCGAGAUCUAUGACUCCACUAAAUAUAACGGCAGCUUUCGCAAAAUGUGGGAUUUUCCCUUAUAAUAAGGACAUAUUCUCCGAUGACGAUUUUAUGCCAAGUAGCGUGACAGAUCACCCCGUAGUUUCACGAAAAUCCCCUGAUGCUGAAACUUCUGCAAAUCUAGACAAAAAUAAUCAGCAACCCCAUUCGACUCAUCUAGAGACACGUCGUUCAAGUUUUUAUCACGCUAUUACCCCUGAUCGAGAUAGUCCAUCUAUAUUAUCAUAA